AUGCUCCCUGGCUAUGGAUUCUCCCCUCUCCCUGAUUUCCAGCCUCACCUCCAUGUUUUCCGUUGUCGAGGAGAGAGCCCCAACAUGUGGAUACCAAGCUCAGGUGAAUCCCAGGCUUUAAGUGAUGCCCAGGAGGACAGGCCUCACUUGCGACAGCACCAGCACAUUGCAGUGUGCCAAGAGGAAACACUGACUUUCAUUGACCUUCAGCCACCCGGCUCUAACGGCUACCACUCCUCACUGGAUACACAGCGCUCCUCACCCUAUUCCAGACACCUGAGAGAUGCAGAGAAUGAGACUGCAAACUGUGACAAGAAGGAUGGUACAGACUUGAUUGUGGAUGUUAAUCUGAAUCAGGAGUGCAAACUUGGCUCCGUCACUCCGAAUUGCAACAGAACAUCGGAGCAAACCAAGCCCAAACCUGGGAGUCCCUCAUCAGCGUGCGUUCAUGUGCCUAAGGAACUCUUCCUGCCCCUGUCCCCCUCUCUUUUCAUGAAUACAGACUCUGUGGAUUCCAGGCAGCCCAGCUCCCCCUCUUCCUCCCUAGGCUCAGCAGAGAUCCCGAGUCCAGACGUAUUCCGUCCUCAGAGACGCACCUCACAAAGCUCCCUGAAGGAGAAGUCAAUAAGACGCAAGAUGAAGGUGUAUUCCCCUGACAGCUUGAGCGACGACUCUCUCAGCAGUCCUGUCCUGGAAUGUGAUUACCUUUUCCCAGUGUCCUUAGAGUCCUUCUUGGAGGGAGAGUUGGGAAUGGUUGGUUCUACUGUGCCCACAUCUCUCUGCCCCAGCCCCCUUUUAGGGCUGGAUGAGGACCACUCUCUGAUCUCUGCACUUCCAUCAGAUUCUGUGGAGACAGAAGACAGAGGACAGGGUCAGGGAGAGACAGAGACAGAGAGAGAGAAACAGGGGCUGGACCUGGAGGACUGUGUGGCUCUGGAGGGGUCUGCCCCCGGUGGUGGUGGGACCCCCCUCCCCCGCUCUCGCUCGGCAGAUGAACGCCGGCGUUUCUCUGCCUCAGAGCUGAUCUCCAGGCUGCAGCUUUCACAGAGGAAGAACUCCUUCGCGCUGAAGCUGGGCAAGUCCUUGUCUGCCCGGGUAGCUUCCCGCGACCGCCACACACCCAGCAGCCUCGGUGCGGACUUCAAACCCCUCUCCAAAAACCGCUUCUCAGGGGAGUCAAGUGACAGCGCGCCACAAAGCCCGAUAGGAUCUGCACCAACACUGCCCUCUGUUGACAGCAACCUGCAACUGCAAAGGAGGACUGCUAAGCUAAGUAUGAGAAAAGAUUCCAUUGAUGAAGAUGAAGAUGUUACCCCAAGACGUUCCAAACGCCUGUCAAGGUUUCUCCCAAGCUCAAUCUUGUACCAGGAGUACAGUGAUGUGGCCAUUAACAGAGAGAUCCAGAGACAGCAGGGGGAAGAGCCUGGCUCUGAGGAAGAUAGGUCCAGUAACACGCCAUCCCCUAGCAACCUAUCCCCCUCCAGUUCUUUCCGCUCAUCACGUGGCUCCGCCUUCUCACUAUGGCAAGAUAUACCAGAUGUUCGGACCAGCGAUGAGCUGGACAACUUCAGCAAUGAGGAGCGGAAACUGCAGGAGGCUAAAUUUGAGUUGGUGACCUCGGAGGCCUCAUACGUACGUAGCCUGACCAUAGCAGUAGAUCACUUUAUGAUGUCCCCAGAGUUGUCUGAGUGCUUGGGGACUCAGAAGAGACAGUGGCUCUUCUCAAAACUGCCUGACGUGAAAGAUGUCAGUGAGAGGUUUCUGCAGGACCUUGAACAAAGGUUGGAGGGGGAUAUUCUGCGAUUUGACGUAUGUGACAUAGUUCUGGAACACUGUCCAGCCCUGCGCAGAGUCUACCUUCCCUACGUCACCAAUCAAGCGUAUCAGGAGCAGACCUACCAGCGGCUCCUUCAAGAGAACGCCCGUUUCCCUGGCAUUCUGGCUCGUCUGGAGGAAGAUCCCAUUUGCCAGCGCCUUCCUCUCACCUCUUUCCUCAUCUUGCCUUUCCAGAGGAUCACUCGACUGAAAAUGCUCGUGGAGAACAUCCUGAAGAGAACAACACCAGGCUCGCGGGAUGAGGACACAGCCACAAAGGCUUUUAAUGAGUUAAAAAAGAUCAUAAAGGAAUGCAACUCCAGUGUGCAGUCAAUGAAGAGAAUGGAGGAGCUUAUUCACCUCAAUAAGAAAAUACACUUUGAGGGCAAGAUUUUUCCUCUUAUCUCACAGUCACGCUGGUUGGUUAAACAUGGAGAGUUAUUGGAGGUGGACACGCAGACCAUGAGUAUAUCUGGCUCAAAGCUCAAACUUCCCACACGGCCGGUAUACCUUCACCUGUUCAAUGACUACCUCCUUCUUUCUCGGAGAAAGGACACAUGGAAAUUUGUGGUUUUUGUGCAUGCUAAGAUUGGUGAACUCAAGGUAAAGGACUUGAGUCAAAAGCUGCAAGGAAUCUCUGGCUUCAUCUUCCACUUGCAGCUGUGCGAGGGUCAGCAGCUCAAACAUCAGAUCCUGCUUAAGUCACAUGCAGAGAGUGACAAACAGAGAUGGAUCACAGCCAUGACCCCAGACUCAAAAAUAGCCUCUGAGCAGACCAGUGAUAAUGAAGGUGAGGGUUUAAUGCAUUGAUGAUUAUGAUUAUGCUUACUUCACUAUCUCUUAGCAGAUCUCUCUCAGGUUCAGUGUAUCAAGAGCUACCAGGCACAGGAACAUGAUGAAUUAACAUUAGAAAAAGCAGAUAUCCUUCAAGCCAAAACUAUCACGAGUGACGGUUGGGUGGAGGGGAUCCGUUUAUCGGAUGGAGAGCGGGGCUGGUUCCCCAAAACAUACGUGGAGGAGAUCACGAGUCGCAGUGCUCGCUUGCGAAACCUUCGAGAGAACAUUCGCAUCAAGUGUGUCACCCAGAAACUUGAAGGGGAGGUUCAGUGA